CCAUCCAACUCUCUCUUCCCCAAAAUAUUAUUUUACUUUUAAACUUUCGUCGUCUCGUCUCUUGGGUCAAAGUCAGCACUCUAAAGCUGCACAUAUACUCCAACCAAACGGCCAUCAAUGUCUAUUAUCAUCUGACCCCUACCCCCACCCCCUCACUCAUAUCCACAACCGCCAUUAUCACACGCAGAUUCUCAUUCAGACUGCAAUCGUCAUCAUCAUCACCAUGGAUCCCAACGAUAAGCGAUCUGACAGUUCACAAGCAGAAGAUGUAACCGAAUCGUCAAACGAGAAGAAAUGCUGUACCGAUUGUCACACAACCAGAACUCCUCUUUGGAGAGGCGGUCCUGCUGGUCCUAAGUCGCUUUGCAAUGCGUGUGGGAUCAAAUACAACAAGAAGAGGAGGCAACAGAUUGAUAAAACCGGAACCAAAACUUCAAAAGUUUUGAAUCGAAAUGGAGAUUUGAAAAUGAAAAUGAAGAUGAAACUGAUGGUGAUAAAUCAAAAUCAAUCACAAUCACAAUCUCAAACACAAACACAUCAUAAUCAUGAUCUUCAACGGUCGAAGAGAAAGAGAUCGUCGUAUGAAAGAGGGAAGCCAUGGUGGAACAAGCUAAGGGAAGAAGAACAAGCUGCAAUAUUGUUAAUGGCAAUAUCAUGUGGUGGAUGUUUGUAUUGAUGAUUGAUUUUGAAUAUUUUGUUUUUGUUUCCCCAAAUUGGAAAUUGGGGGAAAUGAAAACCCUAACUAAUUGACGUUAUGUCAGCCCUAACUAUAGUAAAAAGGGGGCAAAUUAUCUUUGUGGUGUUUGUUGACACCUAAAUUGUACUACUAGUACUAACUAUGUUAAAUUGUUUGUUGAUUUUUGUUGGAAUCUAGAUUUUAGAUGAAUAUGGUUUAUCAAGUCAAA